CAGGCCAAGAAGAGGAACCAACAUGGCUGAGGAAAACCUGACAAAUAUUAAUACUGGAGAUAGCCAGUUAGACCAAAAAAUACAAGAAUGGAUGGCUCUAGACAAGCAUCCCAAGACCCUAGAGGAAGUGAGAAACUUGAUAAAAGAAAAGAAUUUUGAUGAACUCAAAGUCAGAAUGUUAUCGAAUUUGUCGUUUGGCACUGCAGGAUUAAGGUCAUCUAUGGGUGCAGGGUUUUCAAAGUUUAAUGACCUUACAGUAAUACAAGCCACUCAGGGAAUUGCAAAGUAUAUUUUAAAAACAUUCUCGGAUGCAAAAGAACGUGGUGUCGUAAUUGGAUUUGAUGCAAGACAUAACAGUGAAAGGCUUUCUCAGAGAGCAGCAGCUGUGUUUCUCAGUCAAGGUAUCAAGGUCUAUCUCUUCAAUAAAAUAACACCAACACCUUUUGUGCCUUUUGGUGUUACGUAUUACCGAGCUGCAUGCGGUGUGAUGAUAACAGCUUCUCAUAACCCAAAAGAUGACAAUGGUUAUAAGGUUUAUAAUGAAAAUGGUGCACAGCUCACAUCACCAUAUGAUAAAGCAGUUUCACAGUGUAUCAAAGAAAAUAGUAUUCCGUGGGAUGAAUCAUGGGAUCUGGAAUUAUCAAAAUACAAAGAGUUACUAAUCAAUCCCUAUGAUGAAGUCUUUGCUGCUUACUUUGAAGCCCUGAAGAAAUACUCUCACUUUGGGAAUCUUAAUGAACAAACCAAGAUCACAUUUACCUUCACACCAAUGCAUGGCGUUGGACAGAUUUUUGCUGUUAAAGCAUUUGAAGUCUUUAAACUACCUCCUUUUGUCUCAGUAAUAGAACAAAUGAAUCCAGACCCAGACUUUCCUACGGUUAAAUACCCAAAUCCAGAAGAAGGCAAAAGUGCUCUGGACUUGGCGAUGAAAGCUGCUGAUGCAAAUGGCAGUACAGUUAUCAUAGCAAAUGACCCGGACUCUGACAGAACAGCAAUUGCAGAAAAACAGUCCAAUGGGAAAUGGAAAGUACUUACGGGAAAUGAAACAGGAGCAUUGUUAGGCUGGUGGGCUUUCUUCUGCCAUAAAAAAGAUCAUCCACAACUUUACCCAGGAGAUAAUGUUUACAUGAUCGCAAGCACUGUAUCCUCAAAGUUUCUAGACUCCAUGGCUAAAGUUGAAGGUUUCAAAUUUGAUGAGACCUUGACAGGUUUUAAGUGGAUGGGUAAUCAGGCCCAUAGUCGCAUGCAACAGGGAAAGACAGUCCUCUUCGCCUAUGAAGAAGCUAUAGGCUUUAUGUAUGGAACUAAUGUACUUGAUAAAGAUGGUGUUAGCGCAGGAGUGGUUCUGGCUGAGAUGGCUACCUACCUUAACACUCAAGGUUUAACUCUCACCCAGCAACUAAGCAAGCUUUACGAAAGUUAUGGUGUACAUAUAAGUAUUAACUCUUAUUACCUCUGUAUGUCACCUCCCGUUAUUACUAAUAUCUUCAAUCGAAUAAGAACGCUCGAAAAUGGACAGUAUCCUUUGAGUUGUGGUGGGUUUAAGAUAUCUGGAAUACGGGAUCUCACUACUGGGUAUGAUAGCACCAAACCAGAUAAUAAAGCGGUUUUACCGACCAGCAAAUCAAGUCAAAUGAUAACAUUUUAUUUCGAAAACGGUUGCGUGGCAACGUUAAGGACAAGUGGUACCGAACCCAAGAUUAAAUACUACACAGAAAUAACUGGAAGACCCGGAGAAAAAGUCGAUAUGGAAGCAGCUACUUCAACCCUGCAGAAACUGGUGAACAGCAUUGUGAUAGAGUUUCUACAACCGGAAGUAAAUGAUCUCAUUGCUAAAUCGGAUUAAAACUCCUCAGGUGUUAAUUAUGCCAAGGCCAAAUAAAGAUUCUAGCCUAGCAACGAAUACUGAGAUAAAGUAUAGAAAGCCCAUGCUCUUAUUUGCGCUACAUCAAAAGCAAAGAUAAGUAGCAUGUAAAAAGAGAACUUUUUGUAUGAGUGGAAAACGACACUGCAAAUUCUAAGUCGUUCGAAGUGGAACCGGCGUUCCAUAUUUUACCGUAGCCAUAAAUAUGUGUUUUGAUUGUACAAAGCGCAUGAAAACAUAUCCGGAUGUUAAGCCUAAAAUUGUUCAAAUUUUGUGAAAGAAGCACCAAAUUUGUUUUAUGAUAUCCUUUUGGUAUAACUAAAAAAAUAAAAGCAAGACCCAAGCAA